AUGGCCCAGACAACGGCAACUGCAGCGUCGCGGUACUUGAAGCAACCUGGCUUUCAUCAAAACCUCACCCUGCCCGCAACAGCAGACCAUGAUGCUUUGGACAUUGGCUACUCGGAUCUCGGCCGUCAGCCCACAGAUGAUGGCCAAUCCACAGCGCCUCCCGCUCUGCUUUUUAUGCCGGGCAUGUUUGCAAGUCGAUUACAUGGCGCGCUCAUGGACAUCAUCGGUCAGAGGAAGGGUGUCCGUGUCUUGACAGUUGAUCGCUUUGGCAUCGGCAAUACAACAAACGUACCUCUUGCAAAGAGAAUCAGCAUCUGGACCGAACUCGUUCCAUUUCUCUUGCAGCAUCUAGACAUAUCGCACGUAUCGCUAGUUUCCCACAGCGCUGGUACUCUCUAUCUCUUGAACACGCUCUACACCUGCAGGGACAACCUGUCGCCUACCCGUCCCUAUGCUGUUCUUAUGGCGCCUUGGGUCGACGUUAAGCAUACCGGUGUCACAUCUAUGCAGGCAGCCCAGCUGUUACCCGACGUCGCACUCGGGUUUGUAGAUGCCUUCUCCCGGUCCUUGGGCACUUUCAUAGGACCUGCUGUCGGCUCUAGCAUGAGCUUCAUGGAGAAUUGGCUCACAGGUAGCGCUGAAUCAGACCCUGCGCUGGACGAGAAAUACCUCUACUGGCGAGAGGAAUAUGGAGUUUCCGCCGAGUUCCUCAACAGUUUGAUGGAUGCCAUUGUCCAAGAUGGCUUCCGCGAGUCUACCAUUGGUCUGAACGACGAAGCCAGAUUGUGCCUGAAGAGGGGCGGCUCGUGGUGCGAAUGCGACGACUAUACCGAAUAUUUCGACAAACUGGCGGCACGAGAAGCUUCUCGCGAUCCUAAUUCUAAACUACACAUCAACAUUAUCUUCGCUGAACAAGAUGCCAUGAUUGGUCCUCGCGGCAAGCAGUACAUGGAGUCGUGUUGGGUGCAACACCAUGGUAACACUCAGCAUGGCCCUUUUCGUGUAGAAACGACCACAGUUGAAGGCACGGAUCACGAUAGCGUAGCGGGCAAGAUAUCAGUGCUGGAAGGUAUACUCGACUAUAUCGUGGCUGAGACGGCGCAAACAAACAGCCUGCCACCAUCACCAUCUCCUCUCUGCUUCUCCUCCGCAGCAGCCAUGACAUCGAAAACGACGGCGCAUAUUGCCAUUGUCGGCGCCGGCUUGUCUGGCCUACGCUGUGCUGAUGUGCUGCUGCGAUGUGGCUUCAGAGUGUCCAUCUUCGAGGGUCGAGACCGCAUCGGCGGGCGGGUGCAUCAGACGAGGCUCAACAACGGCCACUGGAUCGACAUGGGCCCUAACUGGAUACACGGUAAAACGGACAAUAUCAUCUUUCACCUUGCUACUGCGACAGGCACCGGCAUAAACGAUAUUGACGAGGUUUCUUGCGUGUUUGACGAGACGGGCGUCAAGCUGGAUGCUGCCGACAGCCUCAAGUACGAGACCAUCAUGUGGGACGGUGUCAAAGAUGCGUUUGCCUACUCGGCGACAUCCGAGCGUGAAAUCCAUCCGUCAAAGAGCCUGAUGGACUUUUUCAAGCAAAGGGUGCCCCUACAGAUACCAGACUCCCUGCCGAAUGCAGAGGCCGAGCGAAAGACUGUGUAUCAGAUUUGCGAGACAUGGGGUUGCUUCGUCGGGUCGCCAGUUGCCAAGCAGAGCCUCAAGUACUUUUGGCUGGAAGAAUGCAUUGACGACGAAAACCUGUUCUGCGCCGGUACCUACCGCAAGGUCCUGGAGCAAGUCGCCAAGCCUGUGCUAGACAAGGCAGAUAUAUCCCUCAACACAAUCGUGAAAAGUAUCGCAUACAGAGAAGGCGCAGAAGGCAAAGUUGCACUUGACCUGCAUAACGGCACCAGAGAAGAGUUCGACGACGUUGUCGUGACAGCGCCGCUCGGCUGGCUGCAAAAGAACAAGACCAAGGCAUUCGACCCUCCACUUCCCGCCUCACUCGCUGCCGCCAUCGACGCCAUUAGCUAUGGUUGCCUCGAAAAGGUAUAUAUUAGCUUCCCCGAGGCAUUUUGGAGAGCCAAACACGGCCAAGCGGAGGUCGUCAAAGGCUUCAUGCAGUGGUUAGCGCCCAACUAUGACCCGGAGCUCAACGCCAGUCGCUGGCCGCAGGAAGCCGUCGACCUGUCCAGCCUCAACGCAUCCGACGCACACCCAACCCUGCUCUUCUACACCUACGGCGAGCAGUCGCGCUGGUUCACCUCGGAGCUUGCCAAGAGGCCCGCAGAAAAGGACAAGACGGACCUCAUCAUCGAGUUCUUCAAGCCGUACUACUCGCGCCUGCCCAACUACAAGGCGGACGAAGCGGCGUGUCAGCCCGUCGACUGCGUUGCGACGGAGUGGCUGAACGACGACCUUGCGGGCAACGGAAGCUACGGUAACUUCCAGGUCGGUCUGGAAAAGGGCGAUGAGCAUAUCGGGGCGAUGCGGCAAGGUCUUCCGCAACAGGGGCUGUGGUUCGCGGGCGAGCAUACAGCGCCGUACGUGGCCCUAGGCACGAGCACCGGCGCGUACAUGUCCGGCGAGACGGUUGGCGCGAGAAUUGUAGAAAGAUAUGGGGGGCACAUCUCCCCGGCCAUCCCCAGGGCUGACACCAGCACGCUGCCAAAUCUUGGCAACCGUUUCCCUACAAGUUGA